CGCCUUCAGUUUCCACAUGGAUCCAUUCACGGAUCUGCGGGGCUGAACGUUUCGGAAGUCGGUGUGGGAGACUCAGCGCUCACCUCGCCUGUCAGAUCUGAACCACUUGUUGCGCAGCUGCUAUUUCUAACCCUCUGUGGUCCAUUGCUGCUGCGGCACACAACGGCUGCUCGCACCCGACUGCAAGUAGCCGCUUUUUUGCGCGUGUGUGUGUGUUGUAGGUGAAGACGGAUGAAGAGGUGACUUGAUCUCAACAAAGGUGCGAUCAAGAGAUGAGGCUCAGUAUCGCGGCCUCGUUGAAAGCCUUCACCUUCUCGUGUGGGUUCUCGUGAAGUCUUGGAAGUCCUGCAGGGGGUUUCUUUAGUCCCAGUCUUUAAUAUGAUCAAUGAGACACAGGAUGCGAGUCAUGAGCUGGACGCGUUGUCGCGGACUGGACUGGAGCCACAGCCUCUUCUGUCUGACUUUACUGCUGUGGACCAGAAGCAUGAGUGGACUGGCUGACUUUUCAAACUACCUGUCCAGGAUCAUUACCAGCCACUCUGCACACGCGUGCGAUGGACAGCCCCUGCGGCUCCACUGUCCACGUCACUCCACCAUCUCCAUCCAGUCUGCCUUCUAUGGGAGCGGCGAGGUGCAGCUUUGCAGAGCAGAUCCAGACCCUCUGCUCAGGGCCCACAAUCACAGCUGUUCAGCUUUCACAGCUCUACAGAAGCUGUUGUCGGAGUGUCAGAGCCACAGAGACUGCCAGCUGCCUGUCAAUCACCUGCUGUUUGGGAAGGACCCCUGCCCUGGCACUACCAAAUACCUCCAUGUGGACUACAAGUGUAAACCUACUGAACACAGAAGACACGUGGUGUGUGAAGGAGAGACCAUGGUCCUGCGCUGUAAGCCCCCCAGGGUGCUGAACAUCUAUGCAGCUGCCUACGGGAGGAGGCUGGAUCAGACUGACACCUGUCCCUCACACCUGACAAGACCACCCCCGUUUGAGUGUCUGAACCAUGAGGCUGUACACUUGGUGUCCAAGUCCUGCUACAGCAAACAGAACUGCGCUGUUCUCGUCAGCAACCAGACCUUUAGGGACCCGUGCUUUCCAGGAACCAGGAAGUACCUCAGUGUGAUCUAUUCUUGUGUACCGCAGACUUUACUAAGGGAGGCAGACCCAAACAUAGUAAGCUACACCUCAUCUCCUAGUGUGGAUACAGAAAAAGCUUCUGCCGCAGAUCUAGAGGAGCCUUUUCCUAAAGGGUCAAGAAGGCCGGACAACUCAGGAGCAAUGAUGAGCAACUCCCUCCUGACAUAUGCCUACAUUAAAGAGCACCCUGAAAUGGCAGCUCUGCUGUUUACCUCCAGCGUGUGCGUUGGUCUCCUGUUCACCCUGCUGGCUGUAUCUGUUCGAGUGACCUGCAGGGCGCGCUGGUUCAGAAAUCACAGACUCGCACCCAAGUCUGGAAGCCAGACUCUUAACUGUCAGGACGAGGAUGAUGAGGAUGAUGACGACACGGAUGAAGAAGAUGAUGACCACGGGGGAACAGGGAGAUCUUUGCUCUCAGCCGCAGAAAGGAAGGGAGUGUAUGGCUGGGAGGAAGUGACUUAUGUGAGCGAGGCGGCCGAACGGGCGGAGAGAAUCGAGCGCAGAGAGAUGAUCAUGCAGGAGAUCUGGAUGAACGCCUAUCUGAAUGGCACCUCGUGCUAAAUAACUCAUGGCCUGUAGAUGCUAUUCAGCAUCAGGAGUUUUUUUUCCAGCAGGUCUACUGAUCAACACUGCAAGAAGCUUCUUUUUUUUUUUUUCACAUUUGUCGUGUUUUGCCAUUUUUGCGUACAGUUUGUGAAGAAUGUCAUUUCUGGGUAAAAAAAAACAAAGCUCCAUGAUCAUCGAGGUUUUAUGCUGCAAAAGGAGACUCGUGUUUGUCUUUUUUUCAUUAGUGUUGUAUUUUUUCAGACUCUCCACCAAAUGGGGCUCAAGGUUUCAGGCUGAAAGAUUAUUUACUGUUGCAAAAAGGGUGAACUAAGGGAUCAGAAGUCAUAAACCUGCCCUUUCAUUCAAAUAUAUUGAAUGAAGGGGCAUUUUAUAAAUUUGAUGGGGUCCACAUGAUUAGUACUGGGUCGGUCCCCCUUUUUGCAUUUACAGCUGCCUUAAUUCUUCAUGACAUAGAUUGAACAAGUUGCUGGAAACAUUCCUCAGAGAUUUUGGUUCAUAUUGAUAUGAUAGCAUCACAGUUGCUGCAGAUUUGUGAAUGUGAACCUCCCGU